AUGGCAGAACAUUAUAUUACUGUUUGCUAUACUCACUUAGAUAUGUUGUUUUACACGGAUCAUUCCAAGGCUGUGAGAAGAGAUGAAGAACUCCAAAAAUUGUUUGCUGGAGUGACCAUUGCUGAUGGUGGUGUGCUUCCCAACAUCAAUCCUGCAUUCAUGUCCAAGACUCAAGCUAUUAAGGAGCCUAUAUAUCUGCCCAGUGAAACCAAGUCUCCAAAAAAUUCUCACGAAUAUAGAAGUGGUGAAGCAAUGAGCCCAUCUAAUGAUGUCCCUUUUUAUGUGGUGAAGCAAUAA